CACUCAAAGUAAUCUAUUCCGUAAACCUUAUCUAAUCUCAUCACCAAACGUCUUUUUUUUCUUAUCUUUUCUUUUCUUAUUUUAACGACUUUUUUUUUGCGAUCUGCCAGGAAGCUGUGACGCAUCGACGGUGACGGUGGCGGUGACGAGUCUUGUGUGACGUCACGCAGCAGUGGGUGCACGAACGACCGAGGACACUAAAGAGGCAUAAAGAUGACACAGCCAUACCUUCUCGUUCUUGUUGCAUGCACGGUGUCCAUGCUCUCGGCGCCUGCAUGGGCUAUCCUCCUAGGUCGAACGCUGACUGGAGCCUGUGCGAAGACCUGUGACUAUGAAUACGAACCUCUGUGUGCCAAUAACGGCUUCACGUAUCCCAACUUCUGCCUGUAUUCCGUCGAGGCUUGUAAGAACUCGUCCCUCGCCAUCGUCAGGAACCGACCUUGUACUCUGCCAGACCCUUGCCUCUACGUAUGCCCGAGAGACAGCGACCCUGUGUGUGGAAAUAACGGCCUUACGUAUCCCAACCCUUGCGUCCUCAUGUUCAACGCUUGCUUCUAUGCGAGUCAGGGUAUAAGACCGCGGCAUAAGGGAGCGUGUGUCGUGGACCACAACCGCCAGAUCCGACCGCCGUGUCCCAAAUUCUGCACCCGAAUCUACGAGCCCGUGUGUGGGAGCGACGGAAGGACUUACGCCAACGCCUGUCGUCUGGAGUCCGUGACCUGUCGUGACCCGUUCAUUGUGAAGGAGAAAGAUGGCGUGUGUGACCAGGAAGUCCCCCCUCCCCCCACACCCCCACGAUGCCCCGUCGGUUGCACCCGCGAGUACCUUCCUGUGUGUGCGAGCGACGGCAGGACAUACAAUAACAUGUGUCUCCUUAAUAUGACAGCGUGUAGGGACCCGAACGUGUUUGUUGUCUCAGCAGGACCUUGUGAAAAUUCUGAAGAAGGCCAGACCGUCCCCAGAUCUCCCCAGUGUCCUCAAGGAUGCACUCGCGAGUACCUCCCUGUCUGCGCGAGUGACGGCAGGACGUACAAUAACAUGUGUCUCUUCGAUAUGGCUGCCUGCAAAGACCCGUCGUUGAAGGUCGUAUUCGAGGGACGCUGUGAUGAAGAGUCGGACUCAUGCAACGAAAUCUGCCCCUUUGACUUCUCCCCCGUGUGUGGAAAUGACGGAAUCACGUACACUAACGAGUGCACGCUCCAGUUAGCGAUAUGUAGGGACCCUUCUAUCAAACCUGCCUUCCUCGGACCGUGCUUCUCUAAUCGGUUCACAGAACUUGAAAACCUGACGGACCCAGUAGUCCUUCAAGCGCGAAACACUCGAUGCAGCGCAGGAGUUCAUUGGCGAACGCUCGAGGGCAAGGCAGUAUUUCCUCUCACUGGAGACAUUGGAGGCCACAGGAGCGUGUCGAGUGGCUCGGCUGAAUGGCAAUCAGGACUUGCGCCGAUCCUUGCUCCGCAGGGCUCGGGCACUGCCGAGAAGGGACAAGGAACACGCUCUAAGUUCUCGAGCGUUCAGGGCAUGUUGCUGAAUCCUUGGGCUGAUUUCAGUUCUACACACAAAAUGAUUUACACGUUAAUAGCAGUUUUGAUGGCAAUGGCAACUGAGGCGAGGAGUCAACUGGCAACAGGAUACCUUCCCCCACCGGCCUGCCCCCAAAACUGCAUCGAAAUAUACGACCCCGUGUGUGGUAGUGACGGGCAAACGUACUCAAACGACUGCACACUUAGGGUGGCCGCUUGCAAUAAUCCUGCUCUGACGAAGAUAAGCAAUGGAGAGUGUGCACCCCAGCAACCCCAGUGCCCUGAUGUCUGUCCCCUGAACUUCCUUCCCGUCUGUGGCAGCGACGGCGUCACGUACCCCAACCAGUGUUCCCUCGACAUCGCCAGCUGCAACGACCCUUCCAUCUUCAAGCAGUUCGACGGUCCUUGUGAAUCGCCUCAGGAACCCCAGUGUUCUGAAGCCUGUCCGUUCAACUACCUCCCUGUGUGUGGCAGUGACGGUGUUACGUACCCGAACCAAUGCUCUCUGGACGUUGCAAUUUGCAAGAACCCCUCCAUUUACAAGGCCUUUGACGGCACUUGUGAAUAGAAUCUCUGGUGGAGUGAAGUAUUGUUUUGGAGCUAAGAUAAAUUGUUGCCAAAAAUAUCCACAUUCGCUUCGCAUCUGCAAUAAUCAAAUCGACGUAUCUUUUCGACAAAUGAAUGAUCAGUCAUAUUGUUCAGCAUUAAAAAGUGUCAUAACAAA